GUUUGUCAACAUGGCUGCUGGCAGUAUGGUUGUAUGACCAUACAACUUCAGUGUUGUUUGAUUGCUGUUUUUUUUACCACUGGAUAGAGUUGUGCCUGCUGAGUGAGAAAGAUGGAGAAGAGACCAGCAUCACGGGCCUACCGGCAGAUGGUGGCCAGUGGAGCGCACAAACGGGAAAUUAAGAAGAAAAGUCAAGCGCCGAAAAAGAGAGUGUUUUCAACAUGUUGCGAAGUCACUCAAGAUGACCUACAGAAGCUCUUGAAUAUGGCUGAGGAGAGGAAAAUUCAAGAGCUGAGGUCCUCGCCAUUCUGGUGGAAGAGGGCAUAUGGUAUGCUGCUCUCUUGGGUCGAUCGGCUCAACAAGAUUAUGUACAAUUUUGUGGAGGACAAAUUCUUUGACCAAUUCAUCCUGUUCGUGGUGAUACUCAACGCUGUCAUUUUGGUGGCACAGACGGUGGAGAUGGUCACCGUGAGAGGAGAAUGGUAUUUGACAGCAGUGGACUCAACAUUCAUUGCAAUCUACUUGAUGGAGUUUGUGCUUAAGUUUAUUGUCUGGAGAUUUCUCUACUUCAAGAACUCAUGGAAUACUGUUGACUUCUUGAUUAUUGUUAUAAGCCUGAUUGAUUUCAUGAUGCCUUUGGCGCAGUUGGGAAACUACUCUAGUAAAGCAUCUUCAGUGUUCCAACUCCUGAAAAUGUUCAAAGGUAUCCGUGUCAUACGAGCAUUCCGUGUCUUACGCUCUGUCCGCCACCUUCAAAACAUGCAAAACAUUGUGUCCACGUGCCUUAAGUCUAUCCAGUCCAUGGGAGCCAUCAUCAUCCUCAUGUUCACCUUCCUCCUCAUGUUUGCCGUCAUCUUCCGCGAGAUGUUCAGCCAGUCCGAUCCCGGACACUUUGGGACUAUGUUCCGUACCAUUUUCACUCUUUUCCAGCUGCUGACACUGGAUGACUGGUCUUUCACCUACUCAAUCAGUCGGGACGCAGGCUCUCCACAUAUCAUCAUCUUCCUCAUCCUCUAUAUUGUGGUGGAGUAUUUCACUUUUCUUAAUCUGGUCAUGGCUGUGCUAGUAGACAAUUUCCAGCUCACAAUUAAGAAGAGAAUGCUAUCAAAGUUUCAGAAGUUUCAGGACAUUUUUGAGGAUGAGCUAGAGGCAAUCAGGAAAAUAGAUUCAAAGCCCGUCACAACAGAGACAGAUGAGGAAUUCUAUCAAGAGGCCCUGAAACUGACCUACGCUGAAAAGAAUUACCGCCAGAGGGAGGUUGAGUCAAUCUGCUCCUACCUCCAACUUCUUGCUGCCAUUGACCAGAGCCAACAAACAUUCUGGUCCCAGGCUGCUAUACUGGACAGACUUAUUGACACCUUUUUCGAGGCUGGCGAAGAUGACGUCAAUGAGUUGGACUGAACUCACUCUUCACUUCCUUUUCUGCAUACUCUUGACUUUUUAUCUCCAAAAAUCCAGGGCUAUAAAACCCACUGAAUUAUU